AAGAAGCACAUGCCUCCUCCUCUUCAUCUCGAUUACAGCAAGCUGCGGCUGGGCUGAUGUAAAGUUGCAGGUCCGCAGCUGAAUAGACAUUACUGUUAUUUAGUUUCCCCUCCUUAGUGAACUGUCGUAACACCUAGUCUGAUAUGGCGACGGAGAUAACGAAAGGCGUGGAACAAGUCUCAGUGGGUCAGCUAUAUGUGUCGGACAAAUGUGGCAGCGACCAGAAUGGGGACGGCACGGAGCAGAAACCCUUCAAAACUCCUCUCCGGGCUCUGAUGUUUGCUGGGAAGGAACCGUUCCCGACCAUCUACGUAGAAUCACAGAAGGAGGGAGAGCGUUGGGCGGUGAUCUCUAAGACGCAGAUGAAGAACGCAAAGAAGGCCUUUAACCGUGAGCAGAUGAAGUGCGAUGGCAAAGAAAAGAAGGAGGCAGAGGACAACGAGAGGAGAGAGAAGAACCUGGAGGAAGCCAAGAAGAUCAUCAUUGAGAAGGACCCCAGCCUGCCUGAGCCUGAGACGGUUAAAAUACAUCAUCUGGAGGCCAAGAGAGGUCAGAGAGUCAAAGUGUUUGGAUGGAUUCAUCGCCUCAGGAGACAGGGGAAGAACCUGAUGUUUAUCGUGCUGAGAGAUGGAACUGGUUUCCUCCAGUGUGUCCUGUCUGAUAAACUGUGCCAGUGCUACAAUGGCUUGAUGUUGUCCACAGAGAGUACUGUAGCUCUGUAUGGGACUGUCACGCCAGUUCCGGAGGGGAAACAGGCACCCGGAGGCCACGAGCUGCACUGUGACUUCUGGGAGCUGAUUGGCUUAGCUCCGGCAGGCGGGGCUGACAACCUGCUGAACGAGGAGUCGGACGUGGACGUCCAGCUGAACAACCGACACAUGCUGAUCAGAGGAGAAAACGUCUCCAAGAUCCUCCGAGUCCGAUCCACCGUCACACAGUGCUUCAGGGACCACUUCUUCAGCCGCGGAUACUAUGAGAUCACUCCUCCGACCCUGGUGCAGACUCAGGUGGAGGGCGGCUCCACGCUGUUUAACCUCAACUACUUUGGCGAGCAGGCAUACCUGACGCAGUCCUCCCAGCUCUACCUGGAGACCUGCAUACCCGCCCUGGGCGACACCUUCUGCAUAGCCCAGUCGUACCGGGCCGAGCAAUCCCGCACCCGCAGACACCUGUCCGAAUACACUCACAUCGAGGCAGAGUGUCCCUUCAUAUCGUUUGAGGAUCUGCUGAACAGACUGGAGGAUCUGGUGUGUGACGUGGUGGACCGAGUGCUCAAAUCUCCUGCUGCACAGCUGCUCUAUGACAUCAACCCCAGCUUCAAACCCCCCAAGAGGCCAUUCAAGAGGAUGAACUACACUGAAGCCAUCGACUGGCUCAGAGAGCACGACGUCAAGAAGGACGACGGCUCCUACUACGAGUUUGGAGAGGACAUCCCUGAGGCUCCAGAGAGGUUGAUGACCGAUACCAUCAACGAGACCAUCCUGCUCUGUCGUUUCCCGGCUGAGAUCAAAUCCUUCUAUAUGCAGCGCUGUGCCGAGGACAAACGCCUCACUGAGUCGGUCGACGUGUUGAUGCCAAAUGUUGGCGAGAUCGUUGGAGGCUCGAUGCGUAUCUGGGAUGCCGAGGAGCUGCUGGAGGGAUACAACAGGGAGGGGAUCGACCCGACCCCGUACUACUGGUACACUGACCAGAGGAAGUAUGGCACGUGUCCUCACGGUGGUUACGGUCUGGGUCUGGAGCGUUUCCUCACCUGGCUGCUGAACAGACAUCACAUCAGAGACGUGUGUCUGUACCCACGGUUUAUCCAGCGCUGCCGACCCUGAACACACACACACACACACACACACACACACACACGGAUAUAUUCUGUUAGUAUAUCUGGACCUGGCAUGUGGCAGUGCUCUGUGACUCAUAAAAUGUGUUGCUACAAUAUAAAAUCAAAUAACAAUGUUUUGUCCCUUUAGUUGUUUUAUUUUCUGUAUCGAACCUCAAUCAAAGUAAACUCCAUGAUGUCUCACCACAUUUUUUUUACUGCUUUGAGGACCACAAGCCGAGCGCCAUAUUAUAUUCAAAAAAUGCAGACAUCACUAUGGCCGGGAACUCCAAAACUCGGCAACUCACACCAAAACAAUCUAGAUGGAAAAAUAGCACUACAGGCAAGAGGGGAAAAAAAAUUUUGAUCGUGGGAUUCACUGUCCCUUUUUAAAUAGAAAUUGAAAAUCAAACACUCGGAUGCGAACGAAAUCCUAUCGAAUAAAAUCUGAAUCUGUAUGAAAAGGUCUUCUGGCUGUUUGGGACCGAAAACUACAAACUUCACAAAGACUCACUUGGUGAAAAGAAUAGAGACAUUUUCUCGUAAUUCUAUCUUUCUCAUAGGUACGAGAUCUGUUCUAGAUAAAGUCUCCAAUUCUUUUCUUUGGUGAAUGCUACUGUAUGUACUUCCAAAUUUGCAACAAAUGUCAGCGACGGUUACAGAACGUUUGCGUCCCUGUGAUGUCACAAAAACAACAGCGCUGCUUUUGCGCACUCGUCAUGUAUUUGGGAACAUUUCACUUCUUGCAGCUGUGUCUGGAAAUCAUAGGUAGAAAUAAAAUGUGGGCGGCAGCCUGUCCCAUCAAAUGAUGUCAUUGGUGGUUUAAAAAUGCUUCGGGGUCUCAUCAUGUUUGUGUGUUCUGCCUCUUCAUGGGAAAAUAAUCAACUCAAUAAACUGCCCAUUGGGAUAAAAUGGGAUUCAAACA